AUGACGCUCAUACCUAACGAUAAGAAGGAUAACAAAGAAACUUGCUGGAACGUGUACAAGGAAUCCAAUGAAGGCCGCUGGCAGAGAGAAGAUGAGAUGAUGGAGAUUCGCAAGAAUAAAAGAGAAGAGAACUUGUCCAAGAAACAUCAGGACGUCAGAAAUCAGGCUGAUGAUGAUGGCCGGAAAUACCGGGAUCAGCUCCGGGGAUUGUUGCUCAGAGUCGGUUCAAAAGACAUCAGCGUUCAGUUUGAGGCAGCUUGGGUUCUUACAAAUUUUGCCGCGGGAAUUCCUGAUGAAAGAAAGGAAAAAAAGGGUGUGAUUGAGUUUGUAAGAUUCCUUAGUUAUCCAAGGGAUGAUUAUCGUGAACUUGCUGUUUGGGCUUUAGGAUAUUUUGCAGCGGAUUCUCCAAACUCCCGUGAUUUCGUCCUAGCCCACGGGGCCUUACCAGGGUUGUUGGCUCAAUUCAAUAAGAAAUCUACGCUAUCAAUGUUGCGGAAUGUAACUUGGGCAUUGUCAAACUUGUGUAGGGGAAACCAACCACCGCCUGAUUUUGAGCAGAUAAAAUCUGUCCGGCCAAUUUUAGCUCAACUCAUAAAUUCCGACGAUGAGUAA